ACUUUCCGCGCGUGUCCAACACAAGUCCACUAACCACUCUAAACUCUUGUGAGAAAGGAGGCGUCAGUGCGCUGCAACACUCUAACAACUUCUCCCCUUUUUUCUCUCACUGCCUCUCUCUCGGCCGAGCCACUCAUGUCCCUGAGAAAAAAAAGUGAAGUAGCUUAACUAUCGAAUGCUGAGGUAAUUGGUGCAGGAACAAUCACAAAACGCAGGCACACGCAUUACCAAAGAGAGAGAGAACAAAAAUGUUUUGGGACGCAAACAUGGAACACAUUCCGCUUGAAAACCGGCCGCCCUCGUCCUUGUUCGGCGGCUACGAGCGAGCGCCGUUCGGUGAUGUCAUACCGGUGCAUCAUCAGCAGUACGGGCGGCGAGUCUCCCACGAGCACCACCACCAGCCCCACCACGACGGCGUGAAGAGGCGGCGAAGGAAGGCCAAGUGCCCCGUGCAGCAGAUCCAUCAGAGGCAGGCGGCCAAUCUGCGGGAGCGGAAGAGAAUGCAGUCCAUCAACGACGCCUUCGAGGGCCUGCGGGAGCACAUACCCACCCUGCCCUACGAGAAGAGGCUGUCAAAGGUGGACACCCUGAAGCUGGCUAUUGGAUACAUCAACUUCCUGGCUGAAAUGGUCACGUCGGACGUCAACAGUUCGGACGGAUCGCAGAACGGCGGCCAAGACCACCAGAAGAAAGUCAUCAUUUGCCACAGAGGUUCGCCAUCACCGUCAGAAAUGGGUGGCCUUCAGCCACUGGCCGGACACUCCCUCUCCUGGGGUAGCGAGAAGAAGACUUCCCCUGGGCCCAACAACACGAUGACGGCUAAGGUCUGGACACCCGAAGACCCACGGCAAGUCAAGUUCACGUCCCUGGACGCUGAAACGUCACUGGACAGUCACCUGGGCUCGCCACCCCUGGUGCUAUAGCAGAAAUUGUCAUUGUCUUCUCUAAGGUCUUCGAAGUCUUGCAAUAACACAACAGUGGUCCAAGAAUCAUCCCUGGCAUCGAAAGGCAAAGCGCAUUACAGUGCGUCAAACGUUGCCGCCAUCUUGGAUUACUUUUGCGAAUCUCCCCUGAAACACUGUCCUUUUGAAUUUGGAAAUAAAGGCACUCACCACCAGCAAUCAUCCACUGGUGGGGAAUAUCCAGCCACAAUCAAGGCUUAAAGUUUGACAUUGCCACUAUUUUUGGGCGGACAGUGUACCCAAAUUUGAAUUAUUCAUGUACCUUUGAACUGAGUAAAAGCGCAUGCUUGCUAGCAUCAAGGUUUGUUGCGGUUUGCACCUGCUUGUCGAUGACACGAAUUUCAAAAAUGUUCGCCCAAACUGCGUCAGUGUGUCUGCAAUGUAGGAUCUGGCAUUAUUCGAAAGUGAAACAGUGCAUGUGACUUUACACAGUCAUUCUCUCUGGGGCCUGUUUGAGUUAGGUCCCAUUAACAGAAUUAGUUCUUCAGCCUUGGACACCUUUCAUUGCUUAAAAAAUGCCAUCACCGCCAACAGUAUUACUUCGGGGGCCGUAUCCAUGGUUACCUUUGUAAAUUUCUUGAUUGAACUGCUGAAAUCAACAAUGUACAGAUAAGGAAGGUCAAGAUCGAAGACAGAUUUCUUUUGUAUAAAAAAAGAUGGUGUUCACCGCCGUGCCAUAAUUAUUUUAGAAAGAAAACUGCCAAAAUUCAAGUGUUAAAUUGUACACUGGACAUUUAAACUUAGCGUCAGGUUACGGUUAAAAAAAUCGACAGAUGUAACAGUAUGUCCAAGUUUUAAGACAAUUCUUUUGCAGUGUAUAUAGAACAAUUUCAUCGCUUUUUUUAAAAAUUCAGUUUUCUAUGGCACAACAUUGUGCAAUAUCCCUCUGCAUACUUUCAAAUACAAAAAGCUGAACUCGGUGAUUAUGUAUUUCGCGUGCAGCGGAUUUUUAGAAUUUACGAUCUCUAGAAGAACAAUGGCGGUUAAGGGGGCUACUGUCGAAACUAUGCCUACAGUAUAAAAAAAAGAAAAAAGUCCAAUAGAUCGCGCUAUAUGAGUUUCAUUUCUUCAUUUUUCUUUAUAAUUGUGCAUGUUUUUGUCAUUUUUAUUUUUCAUGUAAGAAUUGUUUGCAUGCAUACUACGCCUCUGAUGGAAUGAAAUAUUUUCGUGAUAGUUCACGAUCUCAUUCGUUUUUAGGUUUCUAGCUGGGGGCCGGACUGGAAGAUUAAAAUAAAAUCCAUUACAAGCCGAUUCAUGAUAAGAGAGACGAAUAUAAUGAUCAUUUAGAUGAUUAAAUUCAGCAAAGACUUUUUGGGGCAUGAGAAAACUCCUACACUUGCAGGAACAAGUAUGAUUCAAUGUACUUUUGGCCGACAGAUCUUUUAGAGCUAAGAAUCUAAUUCACCCACUACAUGUGUUGCUCGGCUUCGAUUUUUGCUUGUCUUAAAUAUUUAGACAAAUCUGAGCUGUUCCUAUCGACGAACGUUGUCAUUUUUUAUUAUUCGCCGAUUUUUUUGUGUGGAUAUCAAUGUAAAGUAACGGAGCAAAUAUAAUGUAAUAUAUUGGAUGAAUUACGAGACAGAUUAUUUUAUUUCUUGUACAAAAAUUAUUUAUCUUGUUAAUAUUGAAUCUAUUUCACAAUUAUGUUUUUAUGAAAUAAUUGAAAUGCUAGCAAAAAGGUUUUGGCUCGAUAUCAUUGUUUUUGUACUUUGGGGAAAUGGUGAUAAGGAAAUGAUUUUUAAUAAUUAAAAAAGGGAAAAUGCGGAUCAAAAUUUUUAUCUAACGGUUACAUAAGUCGAUCCUGGUCAGCAAUUUGAGGUUCGCCCUCAAGCAAAGCUCGAAUUUCGCAAUAAAAUGAUCUCACCACAGAAAAGAAGA